GUGUGUGUGUGUGUGUGUGUGUGUUCGUGCCCGUGCACGCGUCGGGAGGAGCAGUCUCAGGUGAAUACAACCGUGAAGGUAGGCAAGAAAUAACAGAAGCUUUCCAGUCACAAAGCUCUCGUGGUCAGCAAACGGCAGCGAGUGUGCGGAGCGAACGCAACCGGUUUGCCCGCGCCCCUCAUGCACAAAUGAAAAUGGGCGACAAGGUCUUCCAGCUUUCCCACACAGAUGCCGAGUACAGCCAAGAUGACAUGAUGGUUCCCGUGCUGAGCUCCAAAAAAGCCAGCGAGCUGCCCGUCAACGAGGUGGCGUGCGCUCUGCAGGCGAACCUUCAGUACGGGUUGGGUGAGGACGAGGUGUCUCGACGCAGGAUCUACCACGGCUGGAACGAAUUUGACAUCAGCGAGGACGAGCCACUAUGGAGGAAGUACAUCACGCAGUUCAAAGACCCGCUGAUCUUGCUGCUGCUGGCGUCGGCCGUCAUCAGCGUCCUCAUGCGGCAGUUCGACGACGCCAUCAGCAUCACCGUGGCUAUCAUCAUCGUAGUCACGGUCGCCUUCGUCCAGGAGUAUCGCUCGGAGAAGUCUCUGGAAGAGCUGGGAAAACUGGUCCCGCCACAGUGCCACUGCAUCCGCGACGGUCAGCUGCAGCACAUGCUGGCCAGGGAACUGGUUCCGGGAGACACGGUGUGCCUGGCGGUGGGAGAGCGCGUGCCGGCGGACCUGCGCCUCUUUGAGGCCAGCGACCUUUCGGUGGACGAGUCCAGUCUGACGGGGGAGACGGCGCCCUGCUCCAAGUCCACGGCGCCUCAGCCAGCCGCCAACAACGGCGACAUCGCUUCCCGGGCCAACAUCGCAUUCAUGGGCACGCUGGUGCGCUGCGGCAAAGCCAAGGGGAUUGUCAUCGGAACCGGAGAAAACUCCGAGUUUGGUGAGGUCUUCAAGAUGAUGCAGGCGGAGGAGGCUCCCAAGACGCCGCUGCAGAAGAGCAUGGACCUGCUGGGCAAGCAGCUCUCGCUCUACUCUUUUGGCAUCAUCGGGGUGAUCAUGCUGGUGGGCUGGCUGCAGGGCAAGAGGAUCCUGGACAUGUUCACCAUCGGCGUCAGUCUGGCGGUGGCGGCCAUUCCCGAGGGUCUCCCCAUCGUGGUGACGGUGACGCUGGCACUGGGCGUCAUGCGCAUGGUCCAGAAGCGAGCCAUCGUCAAGAAGCUUCCCAUCGUCGAGACGCUGAGCUGCUGUAACGUCAUCUGCUCGGACAAGACGGGAACGCUGACCAAGAACGAGAUGACCGUCACGCAGAUGUUCACGUCGGAUGGAGUCCACGCCGAGGUGACGGGUGUGGGCUACAACGGCAACGGAGAGGUUUUAGCCGACGGAGAAAUUGUCCACGGCUUUUCUCACCCUUCGCUCAGCAAAAUUGUGGAGGUGGGCUCCGUCUGCAACGACUCGGUCAUCAGGAACGGGACUCUGCUGGGCCGGCCCACAGAGGGAGCGCUCAUGGCCCUCGCCAUGAAGAUGGGCCUGGAAGGCGCCCAGCAAGAGUACGUACGUCUGGAAGAGGUUCCCUUCACCUCCGAUAAGAAGUGGAUGGCGGUGCGCUGCGUUCACCGCACGCAGCAGGACAAGACGGGCGUGCUGUUUGUGAAGGGCGCCUAUGAGCAAGUGAUCCGCUUCUGCAGCUCCUACAACAGCCGAGGGAGCGCCUUUCCUCUCACCCAGCAGCAGGUGGAGCUCUACCAGCAGCACAUCAGCUACAUGGGCACCGCCGGCCUCCGAGUUCUGGCGUUCGCUUCCGGGUAUGAGAUGGGAACUUUGACCUUCUUGGGCCUGGUGGGCAUCAUCGACCCGCCUAGGGCGGGCGUCAAAGAGGCGGUGGGCACGCUCAUCAGCUCGGGCGUCGCCAUCAAGAUGAUCACCGGAGACUCUCAGGAGACCGCCGCCUCCAUAGCCAGUCGCCUGGGCCUUUGGUCCAAAGGAGGGGAGUGUUUGUCGGGAGAGGAGGUGGACCGUCUGGACCUGCAGCAGCUCUCGCAAAUUGUCCCCCGCAUCUCAGUCUUCUACAGAGCCAGCCCCAGACACAAGCUCAAGAUUGUCAAGUCUCUGCAGAACAUCGGCGCCGUGGUGGCCAUGACGGGCGACGGCGUGAACGACGCGGUGGCGCUGAAGGCGGCCGACAUCGGCGUGGCCAUGGGCCGCACCGGAACCGACGUCUGCAAGGAAGCUGCCGACAUGAUCCUGGUGGACGACGACUUCAACACCAUCAUGUCAGCCAUCGAGGAGGGAAAAGGAAUCUACAACAACAUCAAGAACUUUGUGCGCUUCCAACUCAGCACGAGUAUUGCGGCACUGACACUCAUCUCCUUGGCCACGCUGAUGAAUUUCCCCAACCCGCUGAACGCCAUGCAGAUCCUGUGGAUCAACAUCAUCAUGGACGGGCCCCCCGCGCAAAGUCUGGGUGUGGAGCCGGUGGACCGGGCGGUAAUCCUGAAGCCUCCUCGCAACGUCUCCGACAGCAUCAUCACACGCGGCCUCAUUGUUAAAGUUCUGGUGUCGGCCUUCAUCAUCGUCUGCGGGACGCUCUUCGUCUUCUGGAGAGAGCUGCAGGACAACGAGAUCACCCCCCGAGACACCACCAUGACCUUCACCUGCUUUGUCUUCUUCGACAUGUUCAAUGCGCUCAGCUCGCGCUCGCAGACCCGUCUAGUUCACGAGAUGGGCCUCUGCAGCAACCGCACGUUCUGCCUGGCGGUGCUGGCGUCCAUCAUGGGCCAACUGCUGGUCAUCUACUUCCCUCCGCUGCAGCGCGUCUUCCAGACCGAGAGCCUCAGCCUGUUUGACUUGCUGUUCCUGGUUGCGCUGACAUCGUCCGUGUGCAUCGUGUCGGAGGCCAUCAAGAGAGCCGAGCGGUGGCGAAGCUUUCCCAGAAGGGUGCCUGGCGACUGCUUCCAUCAGGUAUGAUGCAAAUGGGCGCCCAGCGGGCCGCCUGCGGGGCCUGGCGGCACCUGGAGAUUGCGCUCAAGUGGAAGGACAAAACGGCUAAAGCACCUCCCUCGCCCCCAUCAACUGCAUUCCUGCUCUUUGCCGCCCCCUGCUGUCCGGAACCCUCAUUCUUCUUCCCCUCACCGAGGCGUCCGCCCGCCACGCAGGAAGUGACCUCACAGCGUCACAAGUACAGAGCGCUCGGACCUCUGAUGCACUCGUAUCAUGCCAAGGUUGACUCUGAGCUGUCAUCAAGGUGGAGGCGCAGCAGGUCUGUCGUAAGGACGUUCAUCAACCAAACCUCACACGGGAGGCCACAGCAAGUGAUCUCUGCCAAGCUUCCAGGCAGAGAUUCGAUUUAUCGUUUCAGCCCUCCACAUCCUUUCGUGAUGGUUCGGGAGCAGGGAAUGACACAAUGAUUCCCAACACAGCCGGUUAUUUAGUCUGCCACUGUUGGCUCGGAGCUGUUACUCGAAUAAUCGUUCCAUCCCUAGAGUCAACCCUGUAGUCCUCUUUACAAAAAAUCCCUGUACACUGAGUAGCGAACAAGUCACUGAUUCCCAACACUGCAGGUUAUUUAGUUUGUUGGCUAUAUUAGUCGUUAUUCAAUGAAUUGAAUCAAGCCCUUGUAGCAAACGACGUGUAUGAAAACAUUCUUCUGGUGAAGCGGCAGUCAGAAAUGAUGAAAGGAGGACUGCGUUCACAAUCGUUCACUCUUUCCCCACCAGUUAACACGCAGGCUGAAGCGAUGAAUUGAAAACUCCCGAACCACUGCGAAGUCCCUUUUAGUGGAGCAACUGCCUCGGUCCACCCUCAUAAGUGAAAUACAACAGAAAUGUUCUCUCAAAUCCACAAACGUCCUUGGAUCCACCUGGACAAUGCUGCAGUUGACUGCCUUGGCUGUCGUCCACUGCGGCGGCCCAGCGGCCUUUGCUAAAGUUAGCCAGUUAGCAUGUCGCAGCUCAAGACGCUAAGAUGCCAAAAGCGUGGCUGGCAGGCGUCGUCAGGGUCCAAACUCCUGCGGGGUCGGCGGUGUGCCUUACAGGAGCGCUUGUCAUCCACUUUUCUAAGGCUUUCUCUGCGGCGCGGGAUGGAAAAUCUUUUUUUGUUUUUGUUUGUUUGAAGGAGACUUUUUAGGGGAUUUGAAUGAACCCUGUAACAAUCCACUCGACCAAUCAGUAGAGGAAGCAAGAGAUUCGCUUUGGAGGACCACACGUGUAAGAUCAACUUGUUUUUAAAGGACUUCAUUUAUUUUGUUGUUUUCAAAUAAAGGUUCACAGUUAAGAAGAUGAAAAAGGAUAGAGUUAAUAAUAUAAAAGGAUACAAACACCCUGUUAAGCAAAUGUUCCCACAUUUUCUCUUUUGGGGUUUCCCCGCAUUUUAUUUAUUUAUUUUUCUGAAACCUCAUCAAGUGAAAUGUCAACCAUUUGGUGGAGGCUCCUGUUUUUAAAACUACUGAUUUUGUUGUAAGUGCCCAAAGGAAAUAAAAAGCAAACUUUU